AUGGCUGAACUCUCAGAUCCUGCCUUGCAGGUCAUUGUACUGGGUUCUGGAGGAGGGCCCGAAGAGUCCAACGUCACAGCACUCCUGGUUCGCUCCGUGGCGGAAAACUGGUCCAAGGGGUCCAUCGUGGCUGUCGAUGCCGGCGUGCAUCUGUCGGCGGUGGCCCGGCUCGUCCAGGAAGCAUAUCCCGACGUGUUGCCGGCGAAGCCGCCCUUCACGCUCACCAGGGGCCCCUUUGCCGGUCUCGAUCUGCCGCACGCCUCGGCCUCGGCCAACGCGGCGCACAUCACCCGCUCGCUGGUGGACACGUACCUCAUCACCCACCCGCACCUCGACCACAUCUCGGGAUUCGUCGUCAACACGGCCGGCCUGCCCGGAACCCGGCCAAAGAAGCUGGCCGGCCUGCCGAGCACCAUCCAGGCGCUCAAGAACCACGUCUUCAACAACGUCAUCUGGCCCAACUUGAGCGACGAAAACAACGGCGCCGGGCUCAUCACCUACCUGCGGCUGGUCGAGGGCGGGAGCCCCGCGCUGGGCAACGGCCCGGGCAAGGGGUACGUCGAGGUAUGUGACGGCCUCCUGGUCAAGGCCUUGGGCGUCAGCCAUGGGCACUGCAUCGAGAGACACUCGCACCGGGGGUCGGCGUCGGGCGCGUCGCCCCGGUUCGGCAGCCACGACGCGUCGUCGCAGACGCCGCGAAGGGACCUGCACAGCCACGUCGGCUCGCAGCUGGCAACGAGGGGUCAAGCGCUGCUGCUAAGCCAGGCGGCCCUGUCGACGGCGGCGGCGGCGGCGGUGUCGUCGUCGCCGUCGCCGUCGCCGCAGUUUGGCGGCAGCGGCGGCGAGCUGGACAAGUACUGCGUCUACGACUCGAGCGCAUACUUUAUCCAGGACCAGUCGCACCGCCGCGAGGUGCUCAUCUUUGGCGACGUGGAGCCCGACAGCAUCUCCCUGAACCCGCGGAACCUGGGCGUGUGGCAGGAAGCCGCGCCCAAGAUCGCCGCGGGGACCCUGACGGCCCUCUUCAUCGAAUGCAGCUACGACGACUCGCAGAGCAACGACCGGCUGUUUGGGCACCUUAAGCCGUGCUUCAUCAUGGAAGAGAUGCAGGUGCUCGCCGACGAGGUCGACUCGGCGCGUCGCCUGCUACGGGCGUCAGACACGCGCAAGCGCAAACGGCCGAACCUCGACGACGACGCCGCCGACGCCGCCGCCGUGUCUCCGAAAUCCGCCAAGCCGACGGCUUCCCGGCCGGCCGGAAGCGCAGCAGAGCACGGCGCCCACACGCCUCACCUGGCCACGCCCACCGACGAGCUGUCCCUCCCAGAGGCACUCGAGCUGGCCCGCCCGCUGCAAGGGCUCAAGGUGGUCAUCAUCCACGUCAAGGAGCGGCUGGACGACGGGCCCUGCGUGGGGGACAGCAUCCUGCAGCAGCUCAAGGAGCACGAGGCGAAGGCGAAUCUGGGCUGCGAAUUCGUCAUAUCCAAGUCGGGAAUGAGCUUUUACUUUUGA